UAAUAGGCCCAAUAAAUGCAAACUUGUGGCUCGGGUCCGUUACGACCCAUCCAAAUAUAUUUUUAUUCAGCUGAAAUUAGGGUUUUUAGUUAACUCUCCAUAUAAAAUGGUUCCAAAUUUCUAUCUCAUACUUUCCGCUGCUGCCGUCUUCGUCUCUGAGAUAACAAGGACUCCUGUAUUUUUCGGUCGCUAAAAGGCAUUUCAAAGAGACGACAACAUGUCAGGUGAUGAGGCUGCCCCCGUUGUUCCCCCCGUUGCUGAGCAAGCGGCCAUCCCAGAGGACAUGGACUUAAUGACUGCUUUGGAGUUGACUCUUAGGAAAGCUCGUGCUUACGGUGGUGUGGUUCGUGGUCUUCAUGAGAGUGCUAAGCUUAUUGAGAAGCGUGUGGCUCAGCUCUGUGUCUUGGCUGAGGACUGCAACCAGCCUGAUUACGUCAAGCUUGUUAAAGCUCUCUGUGCUGAUCACAGCAUCAGUUUGCUUACAGUUCCAAGUGCCAAGACCCUUGGCGAAUGGGCUGGUCUCUGCAAGAUUGAUUCUGAGGGCAAUGCCAGGAAGGUUGUUGGAUGCUCAUGUCUUGUUGUCAAGGACUACGGCGAGGAGACAACUGCCCUCAAUAUUGUCAAGAAGCAUAUUGAUUCCCAAUAAAAUUCAUGAAGCAUUUCUAAACUCGGAUUUCAGAUGCUUUUCGCCCAAAUGCUGUUUUCUCUUGGUUUUGAUAUUUAAUAUUUAGCGGACAGCUCUUGAGAUUUGUUUGGAACAUGGUCAAGUUUUGUUGUUAUCUAGGCUCAACUCUUACAUGGCCAAAUCUGCUUGAUAAUUUUUUUGGCUCACUUCUUCAUCAUAAAA